AUGGAGAAAGAAAACAACCAACAAGAACAAGAAAUACCAAAAAUUCCAUAUAACAAGGAAGCUCAUCAUGAGAAGGCCCUUAUAGAAUCUGGACACAUAUUGGAUGGUCCCUAUACUCUCCAACCUGGUCAAGAAAUGAAAAAAAUUAAAACCUACUCUUACGACAAGACCAGAUUGACAAUCAUUAAUGAUACUCAAGACAGAAUCGCCGAGUCAGAGUAUAGGUUCAGGAACAGUUCUAAAAAUAAAAUCUCCUCUUCUUCUUCAUCACUACCAAACUCUGGUAUUAUUGGUGCAAACGUUUCAAUAUCUACAUCAUCUUGUUCGAUGAUUUGUUGCCUUGGUCUAGCUGACAUUGAACCUCCUUUACCCAAUGAUUCCAUUACCAAUGGUGUACUUUCAUCAUCCGAAUACUUUGUAUCAAACUCAUCCUCUAAUUCUCGAUAUUCUUCAUUUUCCUCCAAUUCUGAAAAGUCUGGUGUAAAUGCACUCCAAGUAUCUGUAUAA